AGGAUAUCUUUCAUGAUAAGUGGACUUGUGACAAGGAGAGAUCCUCGCUGCACAGCCAGCUGACACAAAUGAAAGAAUCCUAAAACCUGCACCAUGCCUGGACUCAUCAACAAGGAGAACCGGAGCGCUCUGCCUCUCAGCGUCUCUGACAUCACUUCCUGUGUCAGGGGUUACACUCUGGCAAUGACAGCAUCAAUGACUUAUGAAAACAUUGAGGAUCAUGCAAUCGAAGGGAUGUUUAUUUAUCCACUGGAGGAAAACUCCAUUGUUGUGGGGUUCGAGGCAAUGAUUUCAAGUCAGAUAAUAACUCUGCAAAUCAAAGACAAGGCUAAAAUUGACGACUGUUACCUGGAUUGCUGCAGCACUUCUAAUGGAGCACCACAGAGUGGCAGUGGCCACAUAGUGAUGGAUGAGGAUUUAGAAAGGACAGUGUUAGUGGUAAACCUUGGCAUCAUCCCACCCAUGGAGACCGUCCAUGUGCUGGUUAGCACCUCCUCUGAGCUCUCCACUUUGCCCAGCGGCGGCAUCAGGGUCUCAUCCCCACCAGUGUGCACGCCUCGGGUACAGAGGAGCAUCAACGAGGAGCAGGGACUGUCUCCAAACUUCUCCAGAAUGCGGGACAGGCAUACCAGUGCCUCAAGCCCUCAUGAUCAAACUCCCAACACCCCUCAGCUGUGGUUGGCUUCACUGCUGGAGGAGGAGACCAUCAACUCCAUGGACUACGAGUUCAAUUUCCAGCUGGAGAUACGGGCCCCCUACCUCCUGGCAGGUGUUGAGAGCCCGUCUCAUGCCAUCCGAGCUGAUGCGGACCCUCUGGCUCGCUCUGCCACCAGCGUCGUGAUCACUCUGGCUGACAAGUACACUUACGACUGUCCUGUCGAAAUCCUUAUCUACCCCAGCGAGCCUCAUCUGCCACAUGUGCUCAUUGAGAAUGGAGACAUGACGCAGGAGGAGUACGACGAGUACCUUCAUGGACGGAGCGAUUUUAUCAAGGCCACCAAAAAGGACUCCAGCAAUGAGAGGAAAGUGGAUAUUAUUCACAGGCGCCUUCAUAAAGACAUCCUUCACAACCCUGUGGUCAUGUUAAACUUUUGUCCUGACCUCAAAUCCAUCAGCGCCGAUCUGAGCAAGGUUCACGGCGAGUUUAUCUUCCUAAUCGACCGCAGCGGCAGCAUGAGCGGCGUGAACAUCAACCGUGUGAAGGAUGCUAUGGUGGUGAUUCUGAAGAGUCUUGUGCCAGGUUGUCUUUUCAACAUCAUUGGCUUUGGCUCUACGUUCAAAUCACUUUUCACAACCAGCCAGAGCUACGAUGAGGAAGCCCUGGCUCUGGCUUGUGAGUACAUCAGGAAGAUCAGAGCAGACAUGGGGGGCACCAACAUCCUGGCUCCACUCAACUGGAUCCUGAGGCAGCCAAUGUUCAGUGGACACCCACGCCUGCUCUUCCUGCUCACUGACGGUGCCGUCAGCAACACGGGCAAAGUUAUCGAGCUGGUUCGCAGCCAUGCACGCUAUGUCAGAUGUUUUACGUUCGGCAUAGGACUGAAUGCUUGCAGGCGACUGGUCCAGGGACUGGCAGCGGUUUCCAAAGGAACAGCAGAGUUUCUGGCUGACGGAGAGAGGCUGCAGCCCAAGAUGAUUAAGUCCUUAAAGAAAACCCUGUCUCCAGUACUCAGUGACAUUUCCAUCGAAUGGCUCUUUCCUGAAACCAAAGAAGUGCUGCUCUCUCCUGUGGGUAACACUUUCCUAUUUCCAGGGGACAGCCUGAUCGGCUACGGCGUCGUCUGUGACACCACUCGCUACCAUGCUAACCCCAAAUCUGAUAAGCGGAGGCGGUACAGCAUGAUGCGCUCCAUCGAGUCGGCCAGCUCUGUGUUUUACCAUUCUCAAGAGGAGGACCCAGCUAAGACUGGGAUGGACAGCCAGGGGUCCUACAGGGAGACUCCUACUGGUCCUCUGUAUGACUCGUACCAGGACAAUAGCCCUGCAGCCUACGAGCAAGAGGCAGCAGGGUUUGAUUGUAAGACGUCUCCCAGAAGACGUGCAUACAGUACCAACCAGAUAAUGGACUACAACCCAGCAAAGAAGGUCUUCACUCCCAGUGAUCCCAACUCUGUGGUGCCGAAGAAUCCACUGAGGAGAGCUAAAGUCCAGGAGCUAAUCGGCCAAAUGAGCUCUGAGCACGAGGCACAGUGGAGGAACGACUUCCAGCCACAGCUGGCGAGCCUGUGUGCUACAUCUUCCAGCGGGCAUACAGCCAGCUGUCACAGGCAGAUCCCUCAGCAGGAAGCAGAAUCGGAGCCUCAUUUGCAUCCCCAGCCUCAGACUCCGGACAACCCUCAGCCCGGCGGCGCCAGCGUGCCGCCAACAGCUCGAACCCCUGCUGGGGAAGACGGAUCCAGAUCCUCUACUGACAGCCCAUCUGUUGGCAGCACCGGAGAUACAGAUGGUUAUGGACACCAGUUAUGCCAGGCGGAAACCCCACAGGACCCCCAAAAGUCAGACCUGGGUUCAGCCAACCAGCACAAAGGUUACUGCAAGGCUGUGGUGUCUGGACUGCUGUGUGGGAAACCGGCAAAGUGGGAGGUCGCCUUUGAUAUCGAGCCCUUCCUAAACGGCCGGGAACGUGAGGAAAAGGUCCACGAGGAGCUUUGGAACGAGACCUUCCACCAUCUGGCUGGACGCUCCAUCAUAUACGACUUUGAGCAUAUGGCGGAUAAGGAGUGUGAGAUUGAGCACGGCUCUGGCAGGAAGUACCAGCUGUACGCCAUUCACACCAGCAAGGCCUGCAAUAUACUGAGCAAAUACACAGCACUCAUUCCCAUUGACUUGGACACUAAUGAGUAUUUGCAGACGUGUAUUGAGUACUUAAAUCCAAGCGAGUGUCUGAAGAGAGGCUCACACUCCAGCUCUCGCUCAGGAAGCAGGAAGAACAGAGGAUACUCCAUCGGGCUGGGUCGCUCUCAGUCGGGUGGCAUGUCUGAAGAGGUUGAAGAUGCCAUGCUGCCGAACAAUGCUGAAGAUGUUCCCUCUCCAUGCAGCACCCCGUCCUCCUCCAGCUGGGAGAGAUGCAGCUUCACUGAGUUCUCUCAAAGGAGUCCGUCUGUGUCCUCCGACCAAUCACAGAAAACAGUGGAGAGCCUUUUUUCCGCCAGGUUGGCCCUCAGCAGGACUCGUCUCCUGACUCGCGCUGCCAAAGGAUUCAUGUGUCGAUCUCACAGCAAGUCUGGCGAUUCAAUCGGAGAGAGUGAAAACGAGAACAAAGACUACAUUCCUCUGGUGUUGUUGCAGUUGGCCUGUGGUGCGUUUCCCUUGGACACAGCUCUGUGUGACGCCAUCAACGUCCCCAUGGAUAAACUGAAGUGGACUUCACCCUUCAGCAGCCACCGCUCCAGCCUCUCCCACCUCUCUCACUCCAGCAGCCGCCGCACUGAUAGCGCCGAUGACGGACGCAGAUCACCGUGUGAGCCAGAACCAAACCAGCAGCCUGCAGAGCACACUGUAGGCACACACAGCCCUUCUCACCUGUCCAGGAGCUCCUGGAUGGACGCUGCUUCUCCCUCACUGGGGAGUCCCUCCAUGUCCGCAGAACCCCAGCUGUCCCCUCACUCCCAGGCCGACAGCGGACGGGGCUCUGUGUCGGGUAUCUUGGAGGCAGCAUCGUCUGGUGGAAGCAUAAAGAGCUUGCUGGAUCCAGAGAGCAUGGUGUGGGCGACGGCGGUGGCGCUCGCCUGGCUGGAGCACAGCUCUGCCAGUUAUUUCAUUGAGUGGGAAAUGGUGGCCGCCAAAGCUAGCAUGUGGUUAAGUGCACAAGAAAUCCCAGAGGGCAAAGACUUAGCCUCCAUUAAGGCUGCUGCCAACCAGCUCUUCAUCAUCCUCAGACACUGGGAUGAAAACCUGCAGCUGAACAUGCUCUGCUACAACCCCAACAGUGUCUGA